AACAUAAAAGGAAACCCCAACAACUCCAUCACCAUCAUCUCCUCCACCUCUGCCUCUUGUCUCGACCUCUCGGCCACCAUCUCCCCCUGCCUUCGCCAGCUGGUCCGCCCAACAUACUCAACGACUCAGAGGUCGUCACGGACCAAGAUUCGGUGAUCUAGUGCCUCCUCGAUUCAAACGGCAUAAUAUGGAUGAGUCUCAUGAUCCAUCUGAUGAUCCAUUUGGUUUCUUUUUCUCUGAAACUUAUGGUCCAUUUGUUGUAUCAGAGCUAUUAGAGUCUCCUGAGAUGAAUGGAAGUCUAGACAGAACGGAGAAUCAUGUCUCUUCAGAAAAUGAAGGCGGGCUUGGCAAUAGUAGGAGUGACAAUGACGCAUGGAUGCAGCUCAAUAACCUUCCUGGUGGUGACUUGGGAGGCCGUAGGAUUGGUAAAAUCCUUGUAUCAAUUACAGAACUCGCUAAGGGAAGUAAUGGAACCGUUGUCUUUGAGGGCACGUAUGAAGGUCGAACUGUCGCUGUGAAACGUCUUGUCCGGGCUCAUCAUGAUGUUGCCUUCAACGAGAUUCAGAAUUUGAUAGCAUCUGACCGACAUCCAAAUAUUGUUCGGUUAUAUGGAGUGGACUCCGACCGGGAUUUUGUUUAUCUUGCUCUAGAGCGUUGUAUUUGCAGCUUAGAUGAUUUAAUUCGACUACUGUCGGAAUCUUCAAAGAACUUUGUCUUCCCUGAGGAAGAUAAAAUCAAAUUGGAUUCUCUUGGGGUUACGAUGAAGGAUGUCAACUUGUGGAGGGCAGAUGGUCAUCCUUCAACUUUGUUGCUUAAACUGAUGAGUGAUGUGGUAUCAGGACUCGGCCAUUUACAUGACUUGGGAAUAAUCCACCGGGACUUAAAGCCUCAAAAUGUCUUGAUUUCUAAGAAUCCAUCGUUAGUUGCUCAACUAUCCGAUAUGGGCAUUAGUAAAUGCCUUCCUGAUGAUGAAUCUUCCUUGGGAUAUCAUACCACCGGUUGUGGAAGCUCAGGAUGGCGAGCACCUGAACAGCUUCGUCAUGGUGGGCGCCAAACACGUGCAAUGGAUUUGUUUAGUUUAGGUUGUGCCUUGUUCUUUUGCGUCACUGGUGGAAGACAUCCAUUUGGUGAACGUCUAGAACGUGACAUCAAUAUUUUGAACAACAAGAUUGAUUUGUCCUUGGUGGAAUUCAUACCAGAAGCUUAUGAUCUGUUGUCGCGUUUGCUAAACCCGGAUCUUGAAUUGAGGCCGAAGGCAUCCGAGGUGCUUCACCAUCCAUUUUUUUGGAGUUCAGAGAUGCGGCUGUCCUUUCUUUGCGACAUCAGUAAUAUCGUACACUUGGAAAUUGCAAGGGCAUCCAAUUCAGAUUUUUUGAACGCAUUAGAGAGCAUUGCAUCGAUGGUUUUUGACGGGAGAUGGGACGAGAAAAUAGAUCAUGUAUUGAGGGCGGAAAUAGGCAAAAGGCCCUAUGACUACAGCUUAGUUAGAGACCUACUGCGAGCAGUGCGAAAUAAGUGGACCCAUCGCAUAGAACUUCCGGAGGAAGUUAAGGAGCUCCUCGGACCGAGUCCUGAGGGUUACGACAAUUACUUCGCCGGACGAUUUCCAAGGCUCUUGAUGGAAUCAUACAGAGUGGUGUGCCAAAUCUUCAAAGUAGACGACGAACGGUUUCGGGAGUACUUUAGAAGUGAUGCGCUUGGGCACUUUGGCCACCUCCCACGGUGAUUCCUUCUUCAGUCCAGUUGGCGGUGGCCGUGUUUGCAGUGUUCCUCCAACAUUGCUGGUGCAUUCGCCCUGUCGUUUUGUUGUCUCUUGUCUUGCUUAUGAGGAUCGAGUCGGACGGGCUUGUUAGGGCUCUUGUUUGAAUGUGAAUAUCAAAAUUCAAGUACUUUCAGUGUACUAUUACACCAUAAUUUACAUGUAUAAUGUAAAUAUUAUGUUACGAUUUUGUGCCACAAUUUUUUUAAAUAUCGCAA